AUGGCCAGUAUAAACUCAUCAGCCUAUGCAUGGAACCAAGAGUUCUUCGACCGGCAAAUUCAAAAAUAUCCAGCAGAAAACACACCUGCUGUAGCGACCUUCUCGAGCGUCUACGAUCUAAUUCAAAGGUUUCUUUCGGCAUCUGGCGGCAUGGAAGCGUUCCUUGGGCCUAGCACAUACCAAAUGUUGGAGCUUGAGCCUCUGUGCAAGUCAUGCAGUAUGGACUAUUUGCUAAGUGGAACUGAUCCUAGUGUAACUCGGCCUAUGGCUCUUCUUGAUGAUCGCUGUCGACGAAUGCAUCAUUCUGAGCCACCAGGUGGUCACAUGCGUCGUGACCGUGGGCCUUUAAGUUCCUCGCAGCUAUUACAAGAGCUUGGAAAAAGGCGAUAUGGAUGCAUUGGUGAGACUGAUGCUGCGAGGCGACUACUCUAUGUGGCUAACCCAGACUGCUGGGUGAUUGUGGCGUUAGCUUCAACUGCUUCCAGCGUUCAGGCCACGUUUCUAGCAGACUUCUUUUAUAAAUACCUGGGGUCCAGAACAUCACUAGGUAUCCAUCGACCAAUGCGGGGACCACUCAUCUUUGGACUCGAAUUCCAUUUGCAAUACUACGUCUGGUGUGAAGGCGGCACACAGUUCCACGACUCUAGGAAGAAACGGAACGGGAAGCCUCUACGCCAAAGUCGACAGCCCUAUUACCUCAAACUGGGCGAUGGAAAUGGAAAUGAGCCGCAGGUUCAUAUCUAUGAAACUCAAGUCUCCUGUCUCAUAGCAGGUAUAGAUGAGGACUCCUGGGUCGCAUAUCAGUUUGUUGAUACUUACUACCAAGGAAACAAACCGCUUGCGCAAGAUGAACAGCAUGGCGUCAAACCAGAUCCCUUAACAGGGGGCUUGUUUGAUGCAAAUCUCCCUAUCUGGACUCCGAGAGAGUAUUUCCUCAUCGUCUACGAGUGUCGACUCAAACAAGUCAGGCAUGCUAUGCACAACCUGGUCGCGAGAUUGUUCCUAAGAUUAGAGCCAUAUACACAGGAUGAAGGAGACAUGACAGCUUCUUUUGGCGAGGGCAUCAUUGGGACGAUGGCCCAGAAGAAGUUGACGCAACGAGUCCUCAACGAAGCAAACAGAUUUCUACCACAAACUAUCCACUCUAUCUGCAAGGCCAUUGAGGUUUGGGACAGGUUCAGUCGGAGAGAUCUUGCGUACCUCUCAGACAUACUGAAGUCUGAUUCUAAGAAGAGCCCAAUCCCAUCAGUCAAGGUAGUGACCAUGAUUGAAGAUCACAUCGAUGCAUUGCGAGACCUUCAACGACGCGCUGAGGAGCAAAGAGACUUGUGCGCAGGGCUUGCUCGAAAGCUUGAAAUGCAGAUUGUCAUGGAGGAUAAUGAAGUCACGGCCCGGCAGCAAGCAGGGACUGAGAUGACUAGAUAUUGGACUGGCAUUGGCUUGGUCUUUCUACCGCUCACGGCUGUUACUGGCAUAUUCAUGGCAACUGAGGACUUGACUACCGAUAUGUUUGACGGCAUCAAAACAAAGGCUCUUCUAGUAGCCUGCCUGGUUUUCUCAGGUUCGGCAUUACCCAAUGGCAAUGAUAAGCGUCACUGGGUAGGCACAUGGGCGUCAAUGCCUCAGGAAGUUGAGCCUGCAAACUUGGCCCCAGCUCCAUUUGGAGGAGCAGAUGCUGCAGCUCAAUUCGAAAACACUACUCUCCGCCAAACAUUUCACAUGUCAAUUGGAGCUGACAAGAUCCGUAUUCGGUUUUCCAACAUCUUUGGCAAAACAGACUUGCCCAUCACAGCCGCGUCAAUCGCUCUACCUGUCGCUGGAAAGGCAGGCGUCGGUCAAAUCGAUACUAAGACCACGAAGCAGCUCAAGUUCAAGGGCAAGAAGUCCGUUUCUGUCCCAGCAGGAGAGAUCGUUUACUCCGAUCCCAUUGACUUCAAGCUGAAGCCUCUGUCCAACCUCGCAUUGUCUGUCUACACUGAGAAGGGUCAGCUUGGAAACAAGAUUACUGGACAUCCAGGCAGUCGAACGACCUCUUGGAUGCAAAAGGGCAACCAUGUCAACGCUGCAUCUGUAUCCGAGGGAAGCACCAAACAUUGGUAUUUUGCAAACGGAAUUGACUCGUGGGCCCCCAAGGACCAUUUCGCUGUUGUACUCCUAGGAGACAGCAUCACCGAUGGCCGAGGCAGUACAGACGACACCAACGAUCGAUGGUCCGAUGCACUUGCGUCUCAUUUGCAGGAAUCUGGCAUGACUAAUGUCGCUGUGAACAACAUGGCAGCAGGUGGCAAUGCUAUCCUCUCAGGCGGUCUAGGACCUAUCCUGCUCCAACGAUACAAGCGAGAUGCCUUGGAGCAACCCGGCGCCAAGUUUGUCGUUGUUUUCGAGGGUGUUAACGAUAUCGGACCAUCCGCCACCGACGAUGCUACCCAGAAGCGGAUUAAAGAGGGUCUCGUUUCUGCAUAUAAACAAAUCGUGAAGGAUGUCAAGAGCGCGGGUAUGACUGCCAUCGGAGCAACCAUCACACAGAUGCUUGGAAACCAGUACUACGCUCCCGAGAGAGAAGUCACUCGGGUCACGAUCAACGACUGGAUCCUGAAAAACGGGACUUUUGACCAUACCGUCGACUUUGCGUCUUUGAUUGGAAGUGGAGAUAAGCUACUCCCUCAGUAUGACUCUGGCGAUGGUUUACAUCCCAACCCUGCAGCAUACGAGUUGAUGGGCACAAAGUUUCCCAUCAAGCUUUUUAAGAAAUAA